UCUAAUAGUCGUUUCGCAAGAAGAGAUAAUAGGUGUGAGAGCUAGAUAGGUGUGUGGUGGGUCGGGAUCGGGCCCAUCGGGGUGUGAUGAAUGACAUGGACCGAGGGGAGAUGAUAGACAUGGUCGCUAGGAGCUUGAUUAAUGGCGGCGAGCUUAGGAGUUUUGUCAGAGGUCUAGUGAUCGAGGCCCGUAAGAAGGUGGAGGGGAUAGAGCAACAGAUCGAAGAACUUCAUGUGGAGCUCGAUCGCUGCAUUCAGGAACCAUCACCUCAAGGCCGAGAGGGAAAAGCCAGCGAUGAAUCGACAGAAAAAGCAGCAGCGUUGAGUAAUAGAGGUGGGGAUGUAGUUGCAGAUGAUGCAAUUCAGGAAAGGGGCUCCAAGAGGGGUGAGACCAGGGAAAGGGCCCUAAGAGGGGUGGCCCAUCCCUUGAGUGGCAGGCAGGGAAGGUCUGCUGGUGGGACUAAGAGGGGCAGCCGUGAAGUUGUGCCAAAGGGAAAGCAAUUGGCCUACUUGAGCAGUACCUCGACUGACAAUGAUUCUUCCUCAUCUGACUCCAGUGAUAGCGAUGGACCCAUUUUAGGAGUGCGCAGACCAGGUAUGAGUACAGUGCCAUUGGUAAAUCGUGACUGUCCGGGAACCAAUAGGUCUGGUAGCCAUGAAAAUGAUGAUGAUAAGAAUGGGGGUGGUGAUGCAGAACCGAGUCAUGUUCAUAUUCCACCUGUUCCUUCUCGGUGGGAGGCGAGAUCGGACAGUAGCUGCAGUGAAAGCAGUGACAGCGAGGAAGAAGACCGACCUUCUGGCCGGGCAGCUGAGUAUGACAAUGACGGUGUCCGGACAGCAGCCGUUUGCAGAGGAUCAUAUCCUGUCAUUUCUAUCAGUGAGGGAGAAGACCGACGUUCGGGCCCUGAGUAUGGUGAUGACGUUGUCCAGACAGCGGAGAUUCACAGAGGGUCAGGUGCUGUCAGGGAUAGAAAUAGGGAUGACUGUGUCCAUGACAGUGGGCUUACCAUGGAACCCCCAACCGCAUUUGGUCCAAAAGUACGAGGGUAUGAAAACAGGGGGCAGAGCUCACCGAAAGGGGCCCCCAGGGCAUUUGGUGUGAACAUACGAGGGCCUGAAAGCAGGGACGAGAGCUCACAUGUGGCCAGUCAAAGUCGAGCAGCUGUCAUGCGAUCGACACUGGAGGAGGCAAGUGAUGUGGAAAAGGUUGAACCACAGGAAAGCGGGAGGAGGAGCCAGCAUAUAACGGGCACGGAAGGGAUGAGCAGGGAAGGGAUUUACUGGGAAGACGAUCCUACAGGAAGGCUGCCGGGUCCCAGCUAUACUGCAAGUGAACAGAGGGCCACAGUUGCUGGUGGCCCGGAUGGCUUAUUGAGAAGUAAAGGGAGGGUGCAAUUUGGUUUGCCCACGGUUAAGGAGGAAAUAGAGGAGGGAGUCACGGAGGCUUGCCCUAUAGUUAUCUCGCCGGGCUUGGAGGAUGAUAAGGGUGCUGCUGCUGCUGCUGCUGCUGCUGCUGGAGAUGGCGGCAGACAAUCGCAUGCGACAAACAAAGCCACAAGCAAUGAGCUGACAAAUGCUGGAGCUGAGACGUGGAGAAGACUUCCACAGCAGAAUGGGAGAAGAGGACUGAAUGAUAAUUCCACUCGAAAGUCAGGCGAGCAUACUACGGACUGGAGGGGUGCAGAGGGUGCACAUGCGGGUUACAACAGAGGCGGAGGGGGAAAAGGGAGCAGCAACAAUGGCGGAGGAAGAGGCAGGGCUGCAGUGGAUGUUGAACAGAGCAGCUCGGUCUUGCAAGCGUCGUCUGUCAGGGUUGCAGCACAAGGCUUGGACUCGUGUAGUAGAUCGCAGAGACUCGGUGACGUCAGAGUUUCUGAACCUGUUUCGGGGGCAAAAAGUGACCCAGAGGUUGUGCCCAGUAGUUCCUCAUCCUUAUGGUCCUCGUCAUCUGCAUCUCUGGACGACUGUGGCAAUACGGUCGAAGCUGGGGAGAGUGAGAGCACACUUUCUGAAGGUAGACAGGUCGUGUCGGACCCUGACUAUUCUGCAGCGUGGAGGAACAGGGCCCAGGCGACAGCGAAGUUUGGCAGUUCUGCUCCUGGGCCCGCGAGUGCACAACAAAAGAAUAGUUCGCAAGAGACGAUGGACCAGAUGGCGGCCUUUGGGGAAUCGGAUGUGCCUAAUUCCUCUGUGAGUGCGGGAGAGCACUUCUGGCGGCGUGUAAUUAAGGUUGGAGAAAGUUCACUGAAGCGAAACAAAUCCGGCUCUGAGAAAAGGAAGAAAUCUUCCAAACAGGAAAAUAGUGUGGAGCACAGUGACGAUGGUCAGAAACAAUCAGCUAUGGACCCGAAAAUCACGACUCUGAAGAAAAAGAUUCUUACGGUGUUUCCGUCCAAGCAGCAUUAUGUUGAUGUGUUUGGGCAGUUGAUUGUGGAGGAGGCGAGGUCUGUCAUCGCAGACAAGGCAAGACUCCUUGGAGCAGCAACUUCUGAGGGAUUGUGGGCCCUUCACUCACAUGAUAAGAAUGCCAGUGAUGGAUUUCAGUAUGCGCAAUACGCAGAGAGGAGUACGAAAACCGGCCGAGAUGCUGCAAACAUGCUCACAAUUGACACAUUGGUCGUGGUGGAGUCAGCUGACGACCAAUCUGAGCAGCCGCUCUUGGGAGCCAUCCACAGGCAUUCUGCAGGGAUGUGUGUGAUUAAGACACUUCCUGGCAUUCCAUGGCCGCUGUCGGCUAGACUGCGGAAGCUUGAUUGUAUGAAGUCCUUGAAGCGCAUGUACGAAGCCGUGUGGGCUUUCCGGAGCUUGCAAGUGGAAUAUUCUGACAUUAUCCUCAAUCCCAAUUGCAAACGCAAGGAGCGCCUGAAACCAGGCAUUGGACAGCAAGUGGAUGAUGCACGAGCACAGAUGGAAGCAUCAGGGUUCAAGGCCUGGGUGGACAAGAAUCUCUUUAACUCUUCUCAACUGCUUGCAGUGGCAACUGCAAUUCGGCGGAAGAAGACUAUCACACUGAUACAAG